AUGGGACAGCCAGGAGCUGGAGAUGAUGGAAUGCCGGGAGCUGCUGUCCUCAAGGAGAAGAUCACCGAUUCCCCGGACAAGGAGAACACAGUGAAGGCUUCUAAGGACAACUCCGAUGAAUCCAAGAAUAAGGUGAGAUCAAUUCAUUACGUUUUAAUUUGAGGAAAACAAUUAGUUUUACUUGAACACCUUCGCAUGAAUAAUAUAAUUGAAGAUUUUCUAAAAGAACGGUUAUGGUAAACUUUGUUUGUAGAAGGUCGAACGUCCACUCCACAGUCGUCAUAUGCUUCAACACAAAUGGGCCUUUUGGUUCUUGAAGGGAGAUCGGACCAAGAAUUGGGAAGAUUGUCUGAAACAAGUUGUUGUUAUUGACAGUGUCGAACUCUUCUGGCGGUAAGUGCUUUUUAUUCGGUUCGUAUGUCUUUAGCUUCUACAUCCAGAUAAUGCCAGCCAGUUGUCUUUCCUUCGGGAGUGACUACUAUCUCUUCAAGGAGGGAGUCAAACCGAUGUGGGAAGAUCCCCAUAAUGUGAAUGGCGGAAGAUGGCUGGUUGUGGUUGACAAGCAGCAGAGACACACCAAAUUGGAUGAGCUUUGGUUGGAGUUGAUGAUGGCUGUUAUUGGAGAACAGUUCAAAGGAAAUGGAAAGUAUAUUUGUGGAGCGGCGGUCAACUUGAGACAAAAAGGCGACAAGGUAUGGGUAGUAUAAUAGAUGUUUUAAAUUUGUAGGUUGCUUUGUGGACGUCUGAUGCAAGCUUGGAUGAUGUGAACCGCAAGAUUGGCAUCACCGUGAAAAAUAAGUUGGGAAUGGAGGACAAUAUCCGGUAUGAAGUCCAUAAAGAUGCAUCUGCCAGAACCGGAUCAAUGGUCCGUCCAAAGAUUGUGUUGUCUAAGGAGAACAGGGACAACACAUCUUCCAAGGAAAAGAAGUCUGAAGUUCCGACUACUCCCUAA